AUGACUGAGCCUGCAACUGUAGUCGUGGAGGACGAAGAUGCGCCUGGCACAUAUAAGCCAGAUCAAUCGGGAGUACCACAGGAGCGCAAGCCUACACGGCGGAAGAAGCCUCAGCACCCAUCCAAAGCAGACACAUUCGACCCUAUACUUGAGCCAUUCUACUGCAAUAAGUCUUUGACAGACCCUAUCAAUACUGCAGAAGACAAGUGGAAUCUAUUACCUGCUUUUCUCAAGGUCAAAGGACUUGUGAAACAGCAUAUCGACUCGUACAACUUCUUUGUCGAUACAGAGCUUCAAAAGAUUGUAGAUGCAAACAGAUACGUCUUUAGCGACGUGAACGAGAAGUUCUUUCUCAGGUUCACUCGUAUAAGGGUUGGAUCUCCAAAUCGCCCAGAGGAAGAUGAAACCCCAUCUCUCAAGUCAACUGUGACUCCAAAUGAAUGUCGUCUACGAGACAUGACCUACUCUGCUCCCAUUUUCGUUGAUAUGGAAUACCGGAAAGAAAAUAGAAUUGUCCGACGAACAGGCACGCAAGUCGGUCGGAUGCCAAUCAUGUUGAAGAGCAGUAAAUGCGUUCUCAAUGGCAAGACAGACAAAGAAAUGUCCAAGUUACGAGAGUGUUCUGUUGAUCCUGGAGGUUACUUUAUUGUUCGGGGUCAGGAGAAGGUCAUACUGGUACAAGAGCAGCUGAGCAAGAAUCGUGUCAUUGUUGAAACUGCGAAGGGUAUAGUUCAGGCUUCAGUCACCAGUUCAACCCAUGAACGCAAAUCGAAGACAUAUGUGUUACUCAAAAAGGGCUGUAUCUACCUCAAGCACAACGUCCUCAACGAAGAUGUACCGAUCGUGAUCGUCCUUCGAGCGAUGGGUGUCCAGACUGAUAAAGAGAUUCUCUUGUUGGUUGCUGGGGCGGACAAUUUAUAUCAAGACGAGUUCACAAUAAAUUUCGAGAUAUGCCAGCGAGAGAGCGUUUUUACACAACAGCAAGCCCUCGAGUACAUCGGUGCACGAGUACGAAGCAUGAGACGGGGAUUUGGACCACCGCAAAAGCGCAAUUACAUGCAUGAGGCCAUAGAGUGUCUAUCAUCCGUCGUGAUCACUCACGUUCCGGUCACAGGACUGAACUUCAAGCCAAAAGCCUUAUAUGUGGCAUUUAUGGUUCGCCGAGUGCUUAUGGCCAUGCAUGAUCCUUCUCUGGUCGAUGAUCGGGACUAUGUGGGAAAUAAGCGUCUUGAACUUGCCGGACAGAUGCUAUCUCUACUGUUCGAAGAUCAUUUCAAAAAAUUCACGACUGAUCUGAAGUUCGCUUUUGACAAAGUCUUCAAACGCGCAUCUAGGACCGAUUUCGAUGCCCAUUCUCACAUGGGUAUGUUUGCCCACCAUAUCACCUCUGGUAUGGAGCGAGCCAUGGCGACUGGCAACUGGAGCCUGAAGCGAUUCAAGAUGGAACGGGCUGGAGUCACCCACUUGCUCAGCCGCCUAAGUUAUAUUAGUGCUUUGGGUAUGAUGACCCGCAUAUCAAGUCAGUUUGAGAAGACUAGGAAAGUGUCUGGACCUCGUGCGCUUCAGCCAUCGCAAUUCGGUAUGUUGUGUCCCUCUGACACCCCCGAAGGAGAGGCUUGUGGCCUAGUCAAGAACUUGGCACUCAUGACCCAUAUCACCACCGAUGACGAUGAAGAGCCUGUUCGUCAGCUAGUCUAUAUCCUAGGAGCUGAGGACAUCAUUUCUGCGAGUGGCAGCGAAAUAUACGGAGAUGGCGCUUAUAUCAUCUUUAUCAAUGGAACACCCAUCGCAUUAACGCGAGAACCCAAGAGAUUCCUCAACGGCUUCCGCAGAUUUCGACGUAUGGGCCGGAUAUCAGAAUUCGUGAGCAUCCAUAUCAACCACCAUCAUAAUGGAGUCCACAUUGCCACUGACGAAGGACGAAUCUGUCGUCCUCUAAUUAUUGUUGAGCGAGGACACUCUAAGGUCACUGUACGGUACCUGAAAGCUCUUCGUAAAGGGACUAUGGACUUUGAUGACUUCCUGUCACGGGGACUAGUUGAGUACCUUGACGUUAACGAAGAAAACGACUCCAACAUUGCCCUCUACGAAACAGACAUCAACGAACACACUACCCAUCUUGAAAUUGAACCUUUUACUAUUCUCGGCGCUGUCGCUGGUCUCAUUCCGUACCCUCACCACAACCAGUCUCCCAGAAACACGUAUCAAUGCGCCAUGGGGAAGCAAGCCAUCGGUGCUAUCGCCUACAACCAAUUCACCCGUAUCGACACCCUCCUCUAUCUCAUGGUGUAUCCGCAGAAGCCCAUGGUCAAAACACGUACCAUCGAAUUGAUUAAAUACGACAAGCUCCCGGCCGGCCAAAAUGCGACUGUCGCCGUCAUGUCCUACUCAGGCUAUGACAUCGAAGAUGCUCUUGUCCUCAACAAGGCCUCCUGCGACCGUGGUUUUGGCCGCUGCCAGGUUUUUAAGAAGAUUUCCACGACCCUACGUACCUAUGCAUCCGGCCUCGCAGACCGCAUUAAUGGUGCAGCCGUCGACCGCAAUAAUCCACGACACACCCAGCUUGGUGUCGACGGCCUCGUCGAAGUCGGCGUACCGCUCGCACGCGACAACACCUACAUGCUCAAAGAGACACCCACCCGCACAACAUCGUCCUUCGAGAAACCCGACUCAACUGCAGUCACUGAGUUCAAGACUACUCCCAUGAACUAUCGCCUCCCAGAUCCAUGCUACAUUGACAAACUCAUGAUCACAGCCUCUGACCAAGACACCCCCAUCAUCAAGAUCCAAACGCGGCAAACGCGACGUCCUGAACUCGGCGACAAGUUCUCCUCCCGCCACGGACAGAAGGGCGUCGUCGGACUCAUCGCCGAACACGCAGACAUGCCAUUCUCCGAUGCCGGCAUCGUGCCCGACGUCAUCAUGAACCCGCACGGUUUCCCGUCGCGCAUGACAGUCGGCAAAAUGCUCGAGCUGCUCUCCGGCAAAGCAGGCGUGCUCAACGGCACCCUCGAAUUCGGAACCGCCUUUGGCGGCAGCGACCACAGACUCAUGUCCGACCUGCUCGUCAAGCACGGCUUCAGCUACUCCGGCAAGGACUACCUCACCAGCGGCAUCACCGGCGAACCCCUCCCCGCAUACGUCUUCUUCGGCCCCAUCUACUACCAGAAACUCAAGCACAUGGUGCAGGACAAGAUGCACUCGCGCGCCCGUGGCCCGCGUGCUAUCCUCACUCGCCAACCUACCGAGGGUCGCUCGCGCGAUGGUGGCUUGCGCCUGGGUGAGAUGGAGCGCGACUGUCUGAUUGCGUAUGGUGCCAGUCAGUUGCUGCUGGAGCGACUGAUGCUGAGUAGCGAUGCGCAUGAGUGUGAUGUCUGCGAGGGCUGCGGCAUGAUGGGCUAUCAGGGCUGGUGUGGCGUGUGCAAGAGCCGCAAGGGCGUCGUGCGUUUGACGAUUCCGUAUGCGGCAAAGUUGCUGAUGCAGGAGCUGUUGAGUAUGAAUGUGAAGGCUGGGUUUGGGUUGGGCGAGGAGUUUCCUAGGGGAGAGUGA